AAACGCCCUCUGCUUUUGGCGGGGUGUCAGCCAUCUUGGAAUCACAUCACCGUGUGGAGCGAGGCUUUCCUGUUUCACGCUGCUGCAGCUCAUUGAUUGCUUUUCUUUGGUUCAUCUAGAAAAACCGUUCCUCAGAUUCCAACUGAAACCAGCAGACAACGCUCGGUUUUCUGUCUUUUAACUUCGUAGUGAAGCAAACUCAGGAUUGAUCGCCAUGGCGACUGUUCGCGUUACUCCAAGCCGAGAAACUGGUCGGCCAGCGGCCUCUACGCCUCUGUCCCCCACCAGGAUAUCCCGCCUACAGGAGAAACAAGACCUGCAGCACCUCAACGACCGGUUGGCCGUUUACAUUGACCGUGUCCGGUCGCUGGAGCUGGAGAAUGACCGAUUGAUGGUCAAGGUGUCUGAGAAGGAGGAGGUUACUACCAGAGAGGUAACAGGCUUGAAGGCUCUGUAUGAGGCAGAGCUGGCUGAUGCUCGGCGGGUUCUGGAUGAAACGGCUAAAGACAGAGCCAGGCUUCAGAUCGACCUGGGGAAGGUCCAGGCUGACCUGGAUGAAGCCACCCGGAGUUCCAAAAAGAAGGACAGCGAUCUGGCUGCAGCACUGUCCAGGGCCAACGGGCUGGAAGGGCAGCUGAAUAAGAGCGAAGCAACUCUUGCCACUGCUUUGAGUCAGAACGCUGCACUCAUUUCAGAACUUGCUGAUGUAAAGAACCAGCUGGUGAAGGCUGAAGAUAGCCAUGCUGUGGCCAAGCGGCAGCUGGAGGCAGAGACCCUGAUGCGUGUGGACCUGGAGAAUCGCUGUCAGUCGCUCAGUGAGGAGCUGGAGUUCAGAAAAAACAUGUUUGAAGAGGAGAUGCGUGAGAGCCGCCACCGCCAGGAGCAGAGGAUCGUGGAGGUGGACUCUGGAGUCAGGCAGGACUACGAGUCUAAACUGGCGCAGGCUCUGCAGGACCUGAGGAAGCAGCAUGACGAGCAGAUUUCUCUCUAUAAGGAGGAACUGGAGCAAACCUUUAAGGCAAAGCUGGAAAAUGCCAAGAUGUCGUCAGAGAUCAACGACAAGGCCAUGGGCGCGGCCCGCGAGGAGCUGCAGGAAUCCCGAACCCGAAUGGAGAGCCUGGGCUACCAGCUGGCCGCACUGCAGAAACAGGUGUCGGCCUCAGAGGACCGCAUCAGAGAGCUGGAGGACAUCCUGUCUGCAGAGCGCGACAAGCACCGGCGUGCUGUUGAGGCCAAGGAGCAGGAGAUGACCGAGCUGAGAGAGAGAAUGAACGCUCAGCUCAGCGAAUACCAGGAGCUGCUGGACGUCAAGCUGGCUCUGGACAUGGAGAUCAAUGCAUACAGGAAGCUUCUGGAGGGAGAAGAGCACAGACUGAAACUGUCCCCAACUCCAUCGGCCCAAGUUACAGUUUCCAGGAUAUCGGGCUCGUCCUCUUCCCGUUCCUCCAAGAGGAAGCGAGGCGAGGUGGAGGCAGCCGACCUGUCGGAGUUGGCCAAGGGAGACGAGCAGCUGCUGGUGUCUGAGGAGGCCACGGCCAGCGGCGCCGUCACCAUAUCACCCACCGACAUGGACGGAAAUGCCGUCACACUCAACAACCAGAGUGAACAGGACCAGCCUCUGGGCAACUGGAGGCUGAAGAGGCAGGUUGAUGAUGGAGAGGAGGUCAUCUACAAGUUUUCCCCAAAGUUUGUUCUGAAGGCUGGCCAGUCCGUCACGGUGUGGUCUGCUGAUGCAGGUGUGGCUCACAGCCCACCCACUGACCUGCUGUGGAAAAGCCAAGCUUCCUGGGGAACAGGAAGUGUCAUCAUCACCUCUCUGACCAACGUGGAUGGCGAGGAGGUCGCCCGCCGCAGCGUCACCAAGACUCAGGUGGAGGUUGAGAACGGAGAUGGGACUGAAGAGGAAAUGGCUCAGAAGGUCAAAGUGUCAUCUAGAGAGUGCACCAUCAUGUGAAGUCCUCUGGUGAUAUUAAAGCCUUGGAGCUUCUCAUCUCUUUACUCACUUUUUUAUAUGUAUUUUUUUAUUGAAAGACACUCAGAUGUUGUUUAUCAUCUGAUGAUGUUUUUGUUGGUCCAAGAAAUCCUCCUCCGUAUAGAAAUGAGGUUUCUCUUCGACAGAAUAUAACCAGUAAAACCAGUGGGUCCAGAAGCAGUGUUCCAGUUGAACAUCCCCUCAUUAAUUUCAGAUUUAGUCCUAAAUGAGUGAACAUAUUAUUUUUAAUGAUUCUUUUUUGAUCCUCUACAACUGACAGGAGGUCGAAACCUAAAAGACGAGCUGAGCUCAGCUCAGCUCAGCUCAGAGUUUUUCCUUUGAAAACAUUUCCUUUCAUCUCUUAAACACAAACACUUUUUAGAUUUACAUAAGUUAGAAGGAGGACAGAUGGAAUAAUGCAUAAUGCUGUUUGCAGGGAUUUGUCAGGUUAACAUUUCCCUGCCAUCAGUCCUCAAUACAUCCCUCUGUUAUCUUUAUUCUGUUACUUUUUCUGUCAUUUAUCCCAAAUAUAAAUCAGUUCAUUAGAUGAUCACCAAAUCCAACAUUUCUGUAUGGAAAUGCUUUUUAAGGUUUAGAAUCUUGAUAUUAAAGCAUGUAUACCAAUUCCAACUGGUGAUAAAUAUAGAUUUCUGCAUAUGGACAAACA